UGCAAAGCAUAACUUCACUCCGAGAAGUUAACAAGUAUUAAGAUGGUUGCAAAACUAGUAUUUCUCUUUGGAUUUAUUGCGUCUUCAACUUGCAUGGUCCUGCACCAAGCGCCUAUACCAUUAUACGUGCCUAUACAUUACGAGGAGCCUGCGCCCAACUACAACUUUGGAUACCAAGUAAAUGACCCACACACUGGAGACUACAAGAGACAGCAUGAAACUAGAAUUGGGGGCACUGUGAUCGGCCAGUACUCCCUCAUACAACCCGAUGGGGUCACCAGGACAGUGGAAUACAGAGCUGAUGACGUCAACGGAUUCAACGCAGUCGUGAAUAAUGAAGGAACACCGUACAUUGCUGCUCCCGAAAGACAAGAGAAUGUUAAUGUAAGACAAGAAAAUGGUAAUGGAAGACAAGAGGAUGGUAAUGGUAAACAAGAGGAUGAUUCUAACAGGCAGUCUAACCCCAGGCCUCAAGUAGAGCAGUCGUGGCAAGGACAGGGGCCCAAUGAGCAACAGAGCUCGCCUACGCCAUUGACCAUCUCACAUACUUCGCUGAUACAUGAGUCAUAUUCUAAAGGGCAUAAGUCUUGGGCCUAAGAAUACAUGAGAUCGUUAUUAAAACGAUUCAAAGAGAGAAAAACGACAGAUUUUAGCAUGAAUGAAAUAUUAAUAAUGAUUUGUACCCCUUUUUUGUUU